UUUAUCAUCAUCACUCACUUGAAACCAAAAAGAAAAAGACUUUUGCUUUCUCUUCUUUUUUUCAAAAAGACACAAACUUGAGUGCCGCUCUUUCAUCGUGAGAGGAAGAUGGAAGGAGGAGGAGGAGGAGGAGGAGGUGCCCACUACAACCCUCGAACAGUCGAAGAAGUCUUCCGAGAUUUCAAGGGCCGCCGUGCUGGCAUCCUCCGUGCUCUCACCACCGAUGUGAAAGAGUUUUUCCAGCAAUGCAAUCCUGAGAAGGACAACCUUUGCUUGUAUGGAUUCCCGAAUCAAGUGUGGGAAGUUAACUUACCAGCUGAAGAAGUGCCUCCUGAGCUCCCUGAGCCUGCGCUCGGCAUCAACUUUGCCAGGGAUGGAAUGCAGGAAAAAGAAUGGCUUUCUCUUGUUGCUGUCCACAGUGAUGCCUGGUUGCUUUCUGUCUCCUUUUACUUCGGUUCAAGAUUUGCUUUUGAUAAAGCUGACAGGAAACGCUUGUUCAACAUGAUAAACGAGGUUCCUACUGUAUUUGAAGUUGUAACUGGAAGUGCUAAAAAACAAACAGAGGAGCAGCCUUCUUCAGUAACUAAAAAUGGCAACAGAUCCAAGUCUAAUUCAAAAGUGGGAAUGCAGAGAGAUUUAGAUGUCAAAAGCUCAAGGAAGAUACAGGUUAGUGAAGAGGAUGAAGGAGCAGAGGAGGAAGGAGUAGAGGAAGAGGAUGAAGAAGAACACGGUGAAACCAUGUGUGGAGCUUGUGGAGAUAACUAUGCUUCUGAUUUCUGGAUUUGCUGCGACAUGUGCGAGAAAUGGUUUCAUGGGAAGUGUGUGAAGAUCACUCCAGCUAGAGCUGAACAUAUCAAGCAAUACAAGUGCCCUUCUUGCAGCAACAAAAGAGCUCGACCCUAAAAUGUUUUAUUCCAUUUGCCUUAGCUAUCUAUCAAUCUAUCCAUCCCCCCCAAAUUGUACAAUGCACUUCGAAAUCUAUUUGUUGUUCAGACCGUUA